AUGCCAACGUCCCGUGCGAUGCCCUCUGGUGUUCGGGACGGGGCUCUUCAUCGAAACUAUGUAGGAUGCUCCUCCGUUGACGCGUCCUGUCGAUGGCUGUCCGGGACCGAUGUCCUUGGCGUGUCCCUCCACGUCCAGGAGCACGUAUCCGACUUCAAGGAGUACGUAACCGACGUCAACGAGCGCGUAUCCGACGUCAACGAGCACGUAUCCGACGUCAGCGAGCCGCUCGCCCUGCAUCCUCAUCGUUCCUGCUCGACGCUUGUGCUGCCCGUGCUGAUAUCGUCGUUCCCCCCGAUGGAAUACGAUCCCAUCUCAGCGCGACGCGACCCUCCCUUAACGCGACGCGACUCUCCCUUGACGAGACGCGACUCUCCCUUGACGAGACGCGACACUCUCUUGACGCGACGCUCGCGCCGCCAGCGGAUCCCCCAACGCGCUCCACCCCACUCCGUCAGCACCUUCCUGCUUCCACACACGACUCGCCUGGUGCUGCUCGCUGGGAUCACUCCUGUGCUGCCCGCUGGGAUUAUUUCUGUGGCGCGCGCUCUAGGCUCCUCACGUGGCGCGCUUCUGAGGCUCCUCACGUGGCGCACGCUUGAGGCUCCUCACGAACCUUGCAACGCCCGCCACUCUGCGCAAGAGCCAAGACCGGUUCCGGCCGUUGAAGUGUUUACCACUUGUCCCGGAUCUGUUACCACUUGUCCCGGAUCUUUUACCACUUGUCCAGGAUCUUUCGCCGCCACCGCCGCCUCCACGACCUUCAAGCACAAUCUGCUGCAGAAGUAGACGCUUUGGUGGCGCUUGCAGAAGUAGACGCUUCAGUGGCGCUUGCAGAAGGGCGUCGCUGGCGAGGUGGCUUGUAUGCAGGAGGACGGCGUGGGAUACCCCACAACUCAGUAUUUCGUCCUAUAGCUCGUCAGUAUUCCGUCCAUCAGCUCGUCAGCAUUCCAUCCAUCAGCCCGUACUUCUCUCCUGAUCGCCAUCCCAAUCUCGACCUGAAUCUUAGACACAUACCUUGAGGCAGCGUUCUCUGCCCGGGAUCCGCCCCGCCUGAUCUCCUUCCCGCUCCGCCUGAUGCACGCCCCGCCCUGAUGAAGCAGUAUUCUCGAGGACGUCGCCUCAUCCUCAACGCGCUCCCCGACGACGCCGAGACGUGCC